UAGCAAUUGUAAAUAAAAUGACGUCAGUGUGCUAUUAAACCUGCAAUUCCUUAUUCAAUAAACGAAUAAACAAUGCUUUAUUAGAGUGUAAUUAAUUCAAGGCGAACGAUAUACGAAAAAGUAUAAAUUUUCUGUUGUCUAUUAAUAUUAAUAAUGCUAUUUUUCUUACGUAGCUAUAAAAAACAAUACUUUAAAGCUUUGUUUGUUUGUGUGUGUGUACCAAUUGCACUUAAUUAUUAAAAAAUUAUUAAUUUUAACAAUUUUUUGACUUUUGAUCUUUAUUAUUGCCUUCAUUUGUGAUGCCGAUAUUUGUUUUCCUACAUGAAAUAAUAUUAUACUUAUCUCGUUUUCUUUGUCCAUUUUUUUCUUAAUAAAUGAUGACUAUAGGUUCAAAACAACCUCUUCCUCCAAAAGGUAAUAAGGUUCGAUUGUAUAGUAAUCGUUUUUGUCCGUAUGCCCAAAGAAUAAUUUUGGUUUUAGACGCGAAAAAAAUUCCAUAUGACGUAGUAAAUAUAAAUCUAUCAAAUAAACCAGAUUGGUUGUAUGACAAAGUGCCUCAUGGAAAAAUUCCCGCUCUUGAAGUGGAAAAUGGAGAAAUUCUUACUGAAGACCUAAUUAUUGUGGAUUAUUUGGAAGAUAGAUACCAUCAACAUCCCUUAUAUCCCAAAGAUCCAUUGCAGAAAGCUAAAGAUAGAAUUUUGAUAGAAAAAUUUAACAAGGUUGUUAACGCCAUGUACAGGAUGAUGAUGAGUGUAGGCCGAAUGAAUAUGACAGACGACGAGGUGAUAUCACAAGGACUGUCAGUUUUCGAAAAAGAACUUACUGAAAGGAGAACUCCCUAUUUUGGCGGCACGAAACCUGGCAUGUUGGACCUAAUGAUAUGGCCUUGGUGCGAGAGAGCUGAUAUUCUGAAAGUUUUUGGAAACCAACACAUAUUGAAAAGAGACAAAUAUAAGAAAUUGAUGGAAUGGCGCGUCCAAAUGACCGAUGAUACAAUUGUGAAGAAAAGUUUAUUGCAUUCCGAUUACCAUAUAAAGUAUUUGCAAUCAUACAGAGCAGGCAUGCCUGAUUAUGAUUUAAUUUUAAACUCAAACUAACUUGGAAAGUACCACCCACUCAUAUAGGUUCUCAUUUGUGAUCCCGAGAACUAAACUUGGAGAAGCUUUCGCAUAAGCCUUCAGAUAAAAUGUCAACACUCUAUUGGUAACUCUAGGACGCACCUUACUAAAGUGUAGAACCUAAUAGAAAUAGAAAAUAUACCAUAUUUGUUUCAGAUAAAAAUAUUUAUUAUCAAAUAAGUAUAGGUAUAUACAGAGAUAUAUUUAUACAAUUUAUAACACUCUGCUUUUGUAUUUUUUGUAUUAAUGUUUUUUUUUAAUAAUUCUCUAAAUAUUUGUACAAUGUAAGUAUAGGCAUCUAUUGUUAGGUAUUUUAAGAAAUUGUAUUUUUUUCUGUAUUUAUUGGUGCUGGUACUUAAUAAAUUUUAUUUUUUUUGCAA